AUGACUAUUUCAAAAUCAACUUUACGUGGUUCCAACCGCAUCAAAGAAAAUGACAAAAGGAGGAUUGUGGAUGAGACUUCGCGCAAGCGAAGACAUCGUAAAAUAAUGGAACUCCUUGAGUCUGAUAACUAUCAUGAUGAUCCCCAUGCAGACCUAGUGAUGAGUAAAAAAAUACCAAAAUUUGAUGACAACUUAGAACACAGAAACACUCGUACAAAGAAGAAGGAACGCACAACUGAAUACUAUCAAUUCAAGUAUAGGAAAAACUUUCAACAGUUGGUGGAUGAAGAUAGAGCAGAAGCUGAACUAAACAAGAGGGUUUCAUAUAUGGAUAUCCAGUGUGAAGAGUCUCCCCUUCCUCCUCGCCAUUUUUGUGCUGUCUGUGGAUUUUUAGGACAAUACAAUUGUUUGUCUUGUGGUACUAGAUAUUGUAGUAUACGGUGCAUGGACACUCAUAUGGAUACCAGGUGUUUGAAAUGGGCUGCAUAA